GCAGACAAAGAUAGUAGCAGGGAGCUGCCCUGAAUUCCCUCUGGACACCACGGUUUUCAGCACUGGGUGCAACAGGAGGUUGGAUAUCCUUUGCCAGAGCAAUGCAGUAAUGUCUUGUAUCAGCCUGGCUGUGUGGGCAUGGAGAACCUGGAGCUCAGGCUGUGACUCAUGCCAUCCAUCUGCUUUUAGCAAUAAUCGUAUUUCUGUGGAAGGAGCUCUGCGACUGGCAGUUGGCCUGAGAGAAAACAAGACUCUGAAGAUCCUUAAGAUGAUCAGAAAUCCCAUGCAGAACGAAGGAUGCUGUGGGGUCCUCAAAGCUCUACAGGCAAAUUCUGGCACUGGCAUGGAGAUCCUGGACCUGCCAGACAUUCCUGUGAGCAAAGAGUUGGCAGAGCUGUGUGAGGCCGUGCAAACACUUCUCCCAAAUCUUCUUCUCCGACGUGGUGGAAGCACAAAAUUGCAGAGGAAAAGUCUGUUGGCAGUCGAGCUUUGGCCUCAGCCCAAAGUGUUGGGUAAUUCCCAUAACUCUGCCUUAAUCUCCUUGGCCUUGUGAGGAGCUCAUACUCCCCAGGGUGAAGACUCCAUCUUAGGUCACGACUGGUGUUAUUUCCAGGAUGCACAACUCUUUCUUUUUUGAGUUUCACAUUGGAUGGAUGCUACAAGCUGCCAGGAAACAGGACGGGCACUCAGCAGUGAUUCAGCACUGACAGCAGCAGGUGGCUUUAACCCUUUCCCCCUCCCUGCAACGCGUCUGCCAUCACCCAGCAGCAUCCAGGGCAUCCUCUCUGUGCUGCUGGGGAGCAAAUAGCUCUAUGCAAUUACAUUUUGCAGAAAAGGAACUGUCCUAUAGAUGUACAAACUAUUCUACAUGUUAUGUAUCUAAUAAAUAACAUCUGUGUCUACGACUCCACUGUCCAA